AAAAAUAAAAGGAUAUAAAAUCAAAUUGUAUAGUCCACGCAUCUAGUCAUCUGUUUCCGGCGUUCCCCCCCCCCCCUGCCCGACAUAUAACCAAACCAAACGAACGCGUGCGCGCAGGUUACGUUGCAUCGAACCAAUCCAAAUAGUAGAAACAGUAGUAAGAGGAAUAAAAGGUUUAUUUCCGAGCGAAAAAUGACUCACCCAAGAAGGACGACCGGCUCGGCCUCUGCGUCAGCGCUCGAUUAGCCGGCGAACGAUGCGCACCUCCUUCGACACGAAGUACAAGGUACUGGACAAGAUCGGCGAGGGCACGUUCUCAGAGGUACUGCGAUGCCAGGAUCGUCAGACAGGCGCGCUUUACGCGACGAAGCGUUUAAAGAAGAUCUACCAGAGCGUCUCGGAGAUUCUCGAGAGCCCGGAGCUCCUGGCCAUGCGAAGCGUAACGCAUCACCCCAACGUGCUCUGCGCGACCGAGUGCCACUACGACGCGCUGCCCGGUAGGCUGAGCUUGGUAUUCGAGCUGAUGGACAUGAGCCUGUACGAUUUUACGGAGAAUCAGAAAGGACGCUUACUGCCGGAGAUGCGCGUGAAGAACUACGUGUACCAGUUGCUCAGGGGUCUGGAUCACCUCCACAGGCACGGCGUCUUCCAUCGCGACGUCAAGCCGGAAAACAUUCUGCUGAAGGGCAAUUUGCUGAAGCUCGGAGACUUGGGCUCGGUGAGAGCGAUCUGCGUUCAGCCACCUUACACCGAGUACAUAUCGACGCGCUGGUACCGCUCACCCGAGUGCCUUCUCACCGGUGGUUUCUACGGGCCCAAGAUGGACGUCUGGGCAGCUGGCUGCGUCUUCUUCGAGCUUCUAGCAUUGGAGCCGCUCUUUCCCGGAGAGAACGAGGUGGACCAGAUCGCGAGGAUACACAACGUCCUGGGCACACCGCACGCCAGGCUGCUCGCAAAGUUCCGGCGAAGCAGCAGAAGCAGCAUCGGCGAGCUGUACUUCCCGUCGCGCGAGGGUCGCGGCCUCCUUUCCUGUCUGCUGCAAAAGCGCGCAGGUCGUUUCUCGAUUCGAGGCCUCGAGCUCCUGGGACUCAUGCUCCGAUACGACCCGGACAGCCGAGCGCCAGCUCGAAAGCUCUUGGAGCAUCCCUACUUCGCCGGGAUGAGGGAGCCAUCGACGAGGCGACAGACGAGGAGCAGUUUGCUCUCCAGCGGAGAGCGGAUAGACGACUGGAGAUAUUCCAUGGAGCUGAUCGGGCAUCUGGAGACCGAUAGGAGCCGCAUCAAGUUGAAAAUGUCGCAGAGGGUAGACCCUUGCGCGCAGCUCGGCAGGUACUUCCUCAGGAAGCGCCGGAACGCCGCCAAUGAUACGCAGGAAGCAUCGAAACCGAGGCCCAGACCCAGAGAGGUGAUCCAGCCGAGCUUCUUCCUCCGCGACAACUUUAGCGCUUCGCUUCUUCAGCAGCAGCGCUGUCACCUUCCGGAGCCGUCAACCAUCAGCCGGCUGCCAUCGAUCUUCUCAAAACCCUCGACUUCGGUUCGAAGCCUCCGACAGCACAGCCACAACCAGCCGCACUUGUACCUCCGCGCAAAGCCUCGAUUUCCGUGAAGAUAGCCCGACGAGAACAGCGCAAUAGCUAAUUCUAAACUACGUUCGUACGAUUCACGUCUGCCUCUCUCGAAAUCCGUCCUUCCGUAAAUUCUUAAUAAAAUCGAUAUCGCGCACUCACAACACCGA